AUGCUAGCUAACGUCACUGUGGGCGAUCCCAUCAUCUUCCCCGGAUUCUGUCCUGGUGUUUCCGAGCUGUCCCACCUCUCCAAACUCCCCAAAAUUGGACUCAGCGUGGGGACUGGACUCACUGACGGGAUAAUUGCUGCGAUGUUAACAAUUUGCAGGCCGCUGCUCUGUGACGUGGGGCUUGCCGCCAACACCUGCAGGCCGAGUGUGGCGUUCAGUGUCAGCCCCUGCGGUUGGAUCAGCUGCGUCUGCGCUAACCCCGAGUUUGCAAUGAUGUUGAGCGACUCCAAGUUCAGUGGUUGGAGCGUUUGUGUGACUGGAAAGCACGGGACCGCAUUGUUUUGA